UUUUGCUUUCAAUACUUCACUUCCGUCGAUUUUUUUUUAGUCAGGACGGCCGAUUUAAAAAUAAAUAAGAAUUCGAGAACCUUGAGAUGACUGAUAAAAAGUUGAUGUGUGUUGAAAUACAGCAGUAACAGUGAAAUUUCUGCCAUAAAAUGGCACAAGCACAGCUAAAAUAUCGUAUAGAAAUACAAAAAGCUCAGGGCAUUGACUCCGUGAAAGAUGAAGUCACAGUUGUUUUGGAUCUCGAUGGACAAGAGAAACCCCACAAAGUUGCCAAGUCGUUUAUGAAACUUGCCCAAAGUGGCACGCAAGAUCCGGCAUCAGUCGUAAAGGUACGUGGUAAACGUGUUCCCCGGCGCGGCAAACGUGAAUCUAAAGGUGAGGAAACUGCAACACCGAGUAGAAAACGUUCUGCCCCUAGUGUAAAAUGUGAAGUCAAACAGGAAGUUCCCCCUUCUAAAAGACAGUGUGCCAGGAGAGGCAGACCCGCUCGGGGGUCUACUCUUAAAAAUAAAAAGUCCGUUAAGGAGAAAAAGAAGGGCGGCAAAAAGGCAAAGGAUAAUUCUUUUACUGUGGAGGAUGAACCUCGCGACAAAGAUGGGAUGGUUUCUGAAUCAUGCCAGACUGAUCGUGAGCUUGCCCAAAAGCGUGCCCUGGCCUACGCUGUGUCCCAGAACCUGGUUUACGCAGUCAACCAGGAGGAGGCUGACAAAAUUCUAGGCAUGUCUGUGCUGUCUGUGGACAUUGAGCCGGUCAAGCUGGAGGAUGUUGAGAUCUUCCAGUCUUCAAGACCCAGAUUCUAUACAGAGGAGCCCCCGGGGAAACCUUUAGUGCUGGAUGCGACGGAUCUUGAAAGGGUCAGUGUCAUGGAUAACUCAACUAAUGAGAUGAAGACCAGGUUCUUGGUCCACAAUUUGGCUGAGUUGGAGCGUGCCAAGAUUGAACAAGAUACAUCAAGUGAACUUAAACGUAAAGAGCGACCGCCGACAAUUGGCGCAAGUGUGACAACUGUUGCUCAGGGCAAGACAUCAGACAAGCCUGAACAAAACCUAGUUGUAGUUCUUGACAAUCAGGCACUUUGUAAGACUGAACCACCUUGGUUGGAUGAAGCAGGAGCAGAACAGCCUUCUGUCCCACAAGAGGUUGCGGAACAGCCUUCUGUCCCACACGAGACGGCAGAGCAGCCUGAGACCCCACAAGAGGCUGCGGAUGUCACCGAGGAGAAAAAAUGCACCCAGUGCGAGUUCACUUGCCACGGCGACCUUGAACUUGGCAGGCACUUAAAGAAUGUCCACAAAGAAAAAGCGCCCUUCAAGUGCUCUGUGUGCAAUUCGGCUUUUCAAGUUGAAACGAGUUUACAGGUGCACGCGCUGUGCCACGCAGAGAUCAAACCCCCACCUGUCAAAUGGAGGAAGAAAAAAAAGAAGAUGCUGCCCUGUCCGGUGUGUUCUCUGUCAUUCACAACCAUCAAGAAGGUGACGGCUCAUGUUGUCAACGCCCACGACCUCCCUGUCUUUCACUGCAGUAGCUGCAGGUUUGUGUGCCUGAACAUGGACGAGCUACAGGCUCACAACAGCACAAUACAGCACAUGAAAGCCUCCAGUAAAGUGGCCAUAUGCCCCGUGUGCCAGGUGGUCACUCUCAAGCUGACCUCACACCUGAUAAAACAACACCCGGAGUACCGUCCGUACGUCUGUGAUGAGUGUGGCUUCCAGAGUAAAUCCUCUUCUGGGUUAAAGUAUCAUAAAGAGACUCAUAUAGAAGGCAAAAGGUUUAAGUGCCCGCAGUGCGGUCAUGCAUGCAAGUCAAAGAUAGUUCUAAAACGACAUAUUAGGAAUCAUAACCCUGAAAGGAAGUUUAAGUGUACUCAGUGUUCCUUCAGCACCAAUGAAAGCUACGAGUUUAAGCGCCAUGUGGAACGGGUGCAUAUAAAGAGGUCGUUCUACAGCUGCAAGUUUUGUGACUUGUCUUUUGUACAAAUGUGCGACCUGAAACUGCAUUCCAUGUCGGAGCACCGCACCAGCGACGGUUACUUUUGCACCUACUGUGAUUUCUCAUGUCAAAGAAGGGCGGAGUUAAAAACUCACAUUCAGUCUCACACAGGCAGCCACAGGUAUUUGUGUGAGUAUUGUGAUUUCACGACUCCCUUUAGGGCCCACCUUGACCGGCAUAGAAACAGGCACACUGAUGACCGGCCUUUCAAAUGUACAGUCUGUUCUUUCCAGUGUAGGGAGAGCAUGAAUUUAAAAAAACACAUGGUGGUCCACAGUGAUGAGAAACCCUUUUCUUGCUCGUUGUGCCCGUACACAUGCAAGUUAAAGGGCAUGUUGGACAGUCAUGUACGUAUCGUACACUCCAGCAUCAAGCCGUAUGCUUGCAAUGUGUGUCCUUAUCGCGCCAAAACUUCUGGCAACUUAAAGAAACAUAUGUGGAUACAUUCCGAGUACAAGCCUCACAAAUGUCCAUUUUGUGGAUACACAGCGAGAGAGAAGAACAAACUGGGUCGUCAUGUCCAGACAAAACAUAAAGAGCAGGCGGAGAAGCAGCAGCAAGUGAAGCAGUCUGGUGAGCCGCCUGUCUAACACAGCACAUUAUGUGGACCUAAACUAUAAGGAUACUUCUCAGGAUUAACCAGGUUAUUUGUGUUGUACUAAACUAGUUAAAACAUUGAACUCUGUUUACAUGAUUCAAAAAACUAACCCCUCUGUCUUAAGAUUUGA